UUGAUAAUCAUAAUAUGAUGGUGAAGGUCUUGAGACUUUUUCUUCAUUUGCCCAUAAACAAUGCAUGACUCCUAGUGAAAAGGAGGGAAUCCAAGUAACAUUUAGCCUGGGCGGAAGCGGUCGAUUUUUGUACCCAACAUUUAUUUGGAGGAAUCUCAAAUAUUUGCACACACAAUCAAACCACAUUGCGUCAAUGAGUGGAAGGAAGUGAACAGUUAUGUUGGUUGGGGUGGGGGAAGUACACAAAAGACUUGAAUUCUAACACUGUUGGCAUUUCUCCAGGGAUCCGCAGCAAAAAACAAAACAAAAAACAAUGGACUGCAUCACCUUCGCCGUCCUGGUGUCCAUCUCGCAAAUGUGGGGUGCGGCCACGGCAGCCCCCAUGUCAGUGAAGUUCAGAGUCAAGUGGAGGUCCGAGCAGCUGGUAUUGAAGCUCAAAAAAAUCCAGGUUCCUGCUGGCAUGACGCUGACGCAGCCGGCUGACCAACUGGACGGGCUCUCCUCAGUGGUGGCGCUUCUGGACGGCUACGGCGAGCUCAUCUCGGACUCUCCGUACCUGUCGCAGGUGAAGACCGAGAUCUCGUCGCUGAAGGGUUCCCUGGCUUCCUUGAAGCAAAGCCGCUGCGGAGGAGAGGGCAAAGCUUACAGGACCUCCGCAGCAGGGGGAGCACUGCAGCGGUUGCAGAGUCAGCGAGGCUUCGUCCUCACCGUCAGCAUGGAGGCGCUGGUCAGAGUCAUGGAGAUCCUCACUCGGUUGCUGGCGAACAUGGAGAACCUGGACAAAUGCUGAGAGACUGAAACAUGCAUGUUAGGUUUGUUGAAGACUCUAAAACAGGACUCUACCCCCACCCCCCCAAAAAAAAUAAGUAUGCAAUGGCCAGUUUGACCUUUUUCACCUUUAAUUUAUUGAACAAACUAAAAACCAAUCCAUCAUCGAUGGUGAAGCUAUGCUAAGCAAACAAAGAAGAUAUCCAAAAAUUCACUGUACACUUCAUUUUUUAUUUUCAUUUCAGCUAUCAUUCGGAUAGACAUGAGGCCAGCAGCAGUUCACAGUUUAGGCUUUUAUCACUCUCUGAAGAAUCUGUUAAAUCGAGCUUUUGUUGAUGCCGAGUUCCAGUGUAGCCCUCUGGGUAGAUUUUCUCUGGAUUUGCACAUACGCCUGCUGUAGAAGUUCAGUGUUUUCAUCAAUUGUGGCAGGCCUUCAGCUGCGUAGUUUGUCAAGAACAGAAGCUGUUUCAAGAAAUUUGUCGUGAAUAGCAUAAAUUGCUAUUGCUAUAUAAAUUGCGCAGAACCGCAGUCGAGGAAAGAAACGUUUUUGCAACACUUAUCCAAUGUCAAUGCAUUAGCCCUGGGCAACGGAUUGCUAUGCUUACAAAAACUGCAAAAUCUAAGCUCUCAAAUGCUGAUGCCCUUCUGUCUGCAUGAAUAAUAUCAGAAACAAAACAGAAAAAAUGAAUUAUAUAGUGACUUUUGGGACACGCAGUAUUGAUUUUUUUUUUUUUUACAUUAAAAUAAACAGUGGUGAAGCAAAAAGUGGAUUUUUCUGAAUUUUGGCAUCAUUCACAAACAUGGACAAUUUAGUCUUCAAUGAACCAAACAUGCAUGUUGGAAUAUGGAAGGAACCCAGAGUACCCGCAGAAAUCCCAUGCAAGUACAGAGAAAACGUAAACUCCACACAGGAAGGCUGCAGUGCGGAUUCAAACCCAGAACCUCAGAACCUUGAGGCAGAUGUGCUAACCACUGGGUACCCACAACUCUUAUUUAAAUACUGGGAUUUUAUGUAUGUCACCAGCUCUUCCAAUACUGCUAUUUAUCACCUUCAAAUGUGCAUUUUGUAUAUUUUUGUACUGUAUUUGCCUUUUAUAAAAACAAUUUAAGGAAAAAUAGGUGGAAUAA